AAAUAUUAACAAAACUAAAGUAAGAGGUUGUGAUCUGUGGUGGUUCUUUCAGAGACACUGUCACCCCAUGGUGAGGAAGUUUGCUGCUCAGCAGAAAGUACAGACACAACAGCCUCUUUUAUUGGCUCAUUUUGAUUUUUUAAGAUAUUGCAAUAUUUCGUUGUAUUUCUGCAGGACUCCAGUGCAGCUGUUUGAAGACUACAGUGUUAAAGACAUGACCUUCAGUCCUCCUGUAGCAGGGCCUCCCUCAAAGAAAAAGGAACAUUUCACAAUCGGUGAUGCGUUUGCAGAUUCUGAGCUGAAGACGCAGAUUGAUGCUGCUCUUCAAAACGCAAGCGAGCAGACGAGUCUAGACUUCACAUCACAACACACACAGCAGGACACAUGAAUGAAUGUAAAUUAAGCAGUGGUGG